AUGCUGUCUUGGUCACUUCUCGCGUUUGCCUCUGCUGCUCUUGCUGCCCCCGCUGCCAGCAACCUCCAAUGUACACCAGCAGUCAACGGGACCUUGCAGCUCGAUAUGCUCGAUAAUCCUAGCAUCACCCGCACUGGUGCAUCCCUUCAUGCACCGGAUUAUGUUGUUAAUGGUGUGGAGGCUUACCUUCUGAAGAUAUUCAGCCCUACAAACUCCGAGUUCAUUUUUAACACCUGCAAUUCCAGUUUCAUGGGUUGGGAUCAAUCUUAUAGUGAUACCGGCAUCUCCUUCCUUUAUGGCCAACUUCAAGAUGUCAACACUGGUCUUUGCGUUACUGGAUCUCAGCUUGGCGACUAUGUCACCACGGAAUUCUACGGCUCAGACUGCAGCGUCCUCGACGACGAAAGCCAGCUCCGCCAAUUCUUCAGGAUCGAAAUACAGCCGACUGCGUUUGGAGAAACCGGUCGGGAUCCUCUUCCGUCCAUUAGCUUUUUGGGUGUGCCGCAAUCCUCGGACCCGGAUGGUGCUGAACGAUACAGUUUCACGUAUUCGAGGGAUAACCUGGCAGAUGGAGACUCCCUCCCGAAUGUCGUUGCUACGAACCCGAGGAGUGAUGACUCAGAUCUUGGAUUCUAUGCACCACAGUAUUAUUUCUGA